GGAUAAUAUGUUAUAUAUUAGUUGAGCUCUCUAGAUUAACUCUCAAUGGACAAACGUGUAGUAGAAAUAUUUUAAACUGUGGGUUGGAGUAACGGAGUGAACGCUGGCGACUUACGGCUAAUAACGGGGACCACAUUGAGGUGAUCAGUAUUUGACUCAAAUGAGCCACUGUACUGUAAUUUAGGCACCAAGGCAAACUUCAUUAUUUGAUCAUUUGAAAACAUGGUGCAAAACAAGACCACAGAAGUCACCGGGUUUCAUCGCUCCUUCAAGGGUCAAAACCCUUUCAAGACUGAUGGAUUCAUGGAAUCAGAAUCCCAUCUUGAAUUGUCCUUUAAGUUGGACUGCUCCUCAAGACUUGACAAGCCAUCCAGCCAGCCCAUUGACAUCCCUGAUGUCAAGAAGAGAAACAAGAAGAAGAAAAGAUGCAGAGCCACAGAUAGUUUCUCUGGACGUUUUGAAGAUGUUUAUAAACUUCAAGAUGAUGUUCUUGGAGAAGGGGCUUAUGCUGUUGUACAGACCUGCAUCAGUCUGAUCACCAAUAAAGAAUAUGCAGUUAAGAUCAUUGAGAAGAGGCCGGGGCACAGUCGGAGCCGUGUCUUCAGGGAGGUGGAAAUGCUCUACCAGUGCCAGGGUCACAGAAACAUUUUGGAACUGGUGGAAUACUUUGAGGAAGAGGACAAAUUUUAUUUGGUCUUUGAGAAACUGAGAGGCGGUUCUAUCCUGACUCACAUACACAGAAGGCAACACUUUAAUGAGCAGGAGGCCAGCAUAGUGGUGCAGGACAUCGCCAGUGCUCUGGACUUCCUACACAACAAAGGGAUGGCACAUCGAGACCUUAAGCCAGAGAACAUCCUCUGUGAACACAGUGACAGGAUUUCUCCAGUGAAAAUCUGUGAUUUUGACCUGGGUAGUGGGAUCAAGUUGAACAGCGACAGCUCUCCCAUUUCCACACCUGAACUCUUGACUCCGUGUGGUUCCGCUGAAUACAUGGCCCCUGAGGUGGUGGAGGCCUUUAAUGAAGAAGCUAGCAUUUAUGACAAGCGCUGUGACUUGUGGAGCCUUGGUGUCAUCCUUUACAUCAUGCUGAGUGGAUACCCACCCUUUGUGGGUCACUGUGGAACAGACUGUGGUUGGGAUUGGGGAGAGCCCUGCCAAGCCUGCCAGAGCAUGCUGUUUGAGAGUAUUCAGGAAGGGAAGUAUGAGUUUCCUGAGAAGGACUGGGCACAUAUCUCCCCUGCAGCCAAAGACCUUAUCUCCAAGCUGUUGGUGCGGGAUGCCAAAGACCGCCUAAGUGCAGCCCAAGUGCUGUGGCACCCAUGGGUCAAGGGGUGUGCACCCAACACUGUAUCCGCAUCCAUUCUACAUCAGAGGGGUGGUCGUGCUCAGGACCUGACAUUCUUCGCAGGACAGGCCGUAGCCAUGAACCGGCAGCUGACUGAGAGGGAGGAGAGUGAGGAGCAGCAGCAGCUCAAGCAGGAGCUCUCCUCCCCUCUUCUCUCCAGCAGCUCCUGCUCCAUGCUGCUGUCCCCUACCUCCAGGUCCAAGCUGGCCUGCCGCAGGAAGACUGCAGGAAGUCGGCGCACAGGGCCGGUGUGUGCGGCUGAACUCCGCCAGCUCCUCGCCCCUCUUGUUAUUGUGGGUGAUUGUGCCUAAACUUUACCAUGUUUUUCAAUUUCCUCCAACCCCCAGAUGACCUCUGUUAGAAUCGUCAACUAGACUAGUGCAUUAACCUCCAACAUUUCUUCAAUUAAUUUGUGGAUCAUAAGCUGUUGUGGGAGCAAUGUUUGUAGCACUUAAAGCACAAAAACCUCGAAGUUCUCAUGCAAAUGUUGUUUAGAUUGUUUGUUAUGCCUGUGGGUCUCCGGACUCUAUUGAUAUAACAAAACGUUUAACCCCCCGAGAACCAAAAGACUCCAUGUUAAGCUGCUUUCAUUCAUCUAAAGCUGGGUUCCACUCAAGCCAUUUAAUAUUUUUUCUAAGCAUCAGGAAAAAAAAACACUUAUGCAAUCUGAGAAUUAUUUCUCCUUCAGUCACUUAGAAAGUGAUAUUGAUGACUGACUGACUAACUUACCUAAAACUGUUGCUGAGACUUAAAACAGAGGCAACCCAACUGAUGUAUUAUUCGAGUUAUACAGGGCUGAAAUAUCUGCCAUUUUGUGUGUGGUUUAUUUUUGUCCUGAAUUCAGACCUCAUUUACCAAUCUCGCCUUAACUCCACUGUGUGUUCCUGUAAGAACACUUGUUUUCUGCCAAGAAAAUCUCAGCAGUGUUUUAGCUGUGUUUUUGGCAGGAACCCCAGUAUCUCUCAGAAUAAGGAACCAAAGCAGUUUUUUUGUGGAUUAGGGUGCAAAAUACUCUUGUCACAUUAUUGGAGUUGCAGUUUUGUAUUCAAUUUUGUCCUUGCACUGGAGGGUUAAGUCUUUAUAAGAGAGAAUUGAGCAGGGCAGCGCAACUUCUGGACAAUGCCUCUCAGGAAAACCGGAAUUGGUUGCAUAAUCAUAUUUCCUCCCCCUUUUACAUUUCGUCUCAUACCAUGUAGAGGUUAAGGAACUGACAGAGGUAAAUUUUCUGGACUCAACAACUGAGGGGGGGGGGAAUUCAACUUUCACCAUUUAUUCAGUUAGUCAUUGAACAUUUCUUGAACACACAAAUAACUUGUGUGCUCUUGUCAAUGACUUCAUUUACUGAUUGAAUAAAGGUGAUUUUAUUGCAUGAAGAGACCCUUAAGUCCUCCUGUUAGCCUCUUAUUUUUUGUGAUUUUUGGACUUUCUCCUGAGGAAAAAGGUCAAAUGUAAAGAGACUUUAAAUCUUGAAGCUCAAAUACACAGGCAACCUCCAGACACACUGAUGUGCCAUGCUGCCAUAUCUUGAACCCCCGUAUCGUCUUUUUUUUAUUUUUUUUAAACACUCCUUUUAAUUUUUGGUCCUCAGAGUGCAGAUACAUUGACCAAGGGCUUAGUUUAUCCUAAAAUGUUAUUUUGUUUCUUUUUGUUCCAUAAACUUUAUUUUUGUGACAUCUAGACAAAACUUUGGUUUUCUGAGUGGGCUGAUUAAUCCAGUUUCGCAAGCAAAUAUGCAGAUCAACCAUCAACAAAACCAAGUGCAGAACCUAUCAAGGCCUGUCAUUCCUGCAGGAUUUUAUUUAUUUU